AUGAAUAAGACACUCUUCAUCUGUCCAACCAUCCAUCCUCACCCAUUAGAAUACAGGCUCUGGUUAUUCUGAUCCUAUGAAACCUUGGAUAAUCCGAGACCACUGGAACAGAAACCUGUGCGCUUGAUGCGCUUGGUUGUCUGUGUCUGGGAGCGUGGUGAGGGAGAGAGAGAGAGAGAUGGCGGAGAGAUACUGUUACAGAGAUGUGCUUCCAUUUUCAGCUGUGAUCGCCAUGGAAAGCACCGGGGUGGGGGUGACCAUAAUCUUCAAAGCGGCCAAUUCGAGGGGGAUGAGCUCCCACGUGUUCAUCGUCUAUGCUUAUGGCCUCGCUAGUCUUCUUCUUCUUCCUGCUCCUUUCUUCUCUCACAAAUCGAGAGCGCUUCCUCCUCUCAGCUUGGCCAUAGCUGCCAAACUAGGCCUUCUCGGACUUAUAGGGGGUUUUGCACAGGUUUUGGGCUAUGCUGGGAUUAGCAUGAGUUCUCCAACUUUGGCUUCAGCCAUCAGCAACCUCAUUCCGGCUCUCACUUUCAUAAUUGCGUGCCUUUUCAGGAUGGAGGAGGUGUCAUUGAACAGGAGAAGUAGUCAGGCCAAGAUCAUCGGGACCAUACUGUCAAUUUCUGGCGCUUCUGUCAUCACUCUCUACAAAGGUCCCCCUGUUAUCUUCACUGCGAAAUCUUCAUCUUUUGCACUAGUGCAAGCAUCGAGCUCGAACUGGGUCGUUGGGGGGAUUCUCCUCACUGCUAAAAAUAUUUUGAUCACUCUGUGGUACAUUCUUAUGAAACAGAUAAUGAAGGAGUACCCGGCAGAAUUGACUGUAAUCUUCUUCUACAAUGCGGUCGUGACCUUCGUGACCGCCAUUGUCUGUCUAGUAACAGAACCUGAUAUAAGUGCAUGGAGAGUGUGGGGUAUAGGACUGGCCUCGGUGAUAUUCUCGAGCUUUUUCGGACAAUGCUUAAACAACAUUAUUCGCGCGUGGGCAAUCCGGUUGAAAGGCCCUUUCUAUGUCGCCAUGUUCAAGCCGUUGUCGAUUCCCAUGGCUGUCGCCAUGGGUGUCUUCUUUCUUGGCGACAGGCUUCAUCUCGGAAGCAUUGUAGGAGCGACCAUACUGUGCAUCGGGUUCUAUAUUGUAUUAUGGGGGAAGGCAAAAGAGGAAAGGGUCGAGGAGUCUGUAGAGCAUCGGAUGGAAUCACCAUCCUUUCAAAAAGUCCCUCUACUGAGAUGACUGUUAAGACAAAUGAAGUGCAGAACUAAUUCCUGCAGAUGGAUUGAAGAUGGGUGCUGCUUUGGAAAAUUUGUGGAAAGGAUCCUCGUCCUCCUUAAGCCUGCACAAAUAGGUGUCUGCAUUGUAUUUUUCAUGGAUCUGAGUCCAAAGGGAUCAAAUUAUGGCUGCCCAUCGACUCCAAAAACCAGAUUGCAUGGUCAAAACAUCGAGAGGUGUGGAUGAAGGGCGUCACUCCAAGCACACAACCGAGCGAUGACAUGCUAGAAUACGAAUUCUCUUGCUUCUGAUAUAGUCCAUCUUGAUGUGUACAAGUAGUAGUUACAUGUUGCUUUUAUUUGAAUGAAUGCUGCUAUAAAUAUAUCUCAAGGUGAAAAAAACUGAUGACGAUAAACGUUCUUUUUUCUGACAGUAGGAGGAACUAAGUGCACAUACACCCAGCUUAGGCAAAAAUGUUUCCCUAUCCUACGCAUGUGUAGUCUCUAUGAUGGUGGUCUCACAUUAUCGUUAUGCAGAUUUGGCAGCUAUAGGGACCAAAGUGGACGAUUCUGUUGUGCUUUGCCAAAGUUUAGCCAGUUAAACCAUUCUUUAGUCUCAAUCAUCGAAAAGCCUGCGUGUGGUUUGUCUUGGAUUUGGCAGCUAUAGUGACCAAACUGUACAAUUCCGAAGUGCCUUGCCAAAGUUAAGCCAGUUUUAAACCAUUCUUAAGUCUCGAUCAUCGAAAAACCUGCUUGUGGUUUAUCAAUUGGCACCCUUGAGAUGUCCUAGCUGGCUGAGAUAUUAUCACAGGAAAUGAGUGGUGUUGGCGCCCUACAAGAUCAGACCAAUUAGCGGGCAUUAGGGUGCAUUCUGGGAUUUAUUUGCUGCUCGUGCUGAUGAAGAUAAGGUGACCACUCGUUCUCAAUCUGGAAAUUUUAGCUCUGCUGAUGCCUGGAAGCUAAUUAGGGAAAGAAAACAGAGGAUUUUAUGACAUGGAAUGGUGUGAUUUCACCCAAAUGUGCCAAAAAUUGCUUUUAUCACAGCUGGCUGUUCAUUACAGAUUGCAGCACCGGAUAUAAGUAACAAAAUGGCAGCAAAUCAAUGACCAAUGAUUGUUGUGUAGAUCAGCUCAAGAGACUAGACAGCAUCUCUUUUGUGAAUGCUCUCUUCUAAACAAGCUUGGGGGAGUCGCUGAACUCAAGUGGAAUUCAGAGAGUAAUUGGUGGUUGGAGGUCUGAAUUUGACUGGGUUCUGCAAUACUUGAAAGGUAAAGCAUUUGUGAAGACACUCUUGAAAUUGACACAGAAUGGAUCGAUUUACUUCACGUCCUUCACAACGGAGUAAUUCCAUCUGUUGCUCGAGUAAUUAGAGGUGUCAUGUUUGCGGUUCAAGUUAGGAUGCAGAUGCUGAUAAAUGGAAGGGGAGCUCUCCGUUUCAUUCA